AAAAAUAAAAAAAAAUAAAAUAAAAUAUUGAUAGGAGAAAGAAAGAUGAAGGAAUUGUGGACAUCUUUGGCAUCAGUAAUGGGAGUUUGGGCCUUCUGCCAAAGCCUCCUCCACACAGUCCUCCCACCGGAGCUCCGGUUCGCCUCCCUGAAACUCUUCCAGCGCCUCUUCAACUGGUUCUCCUCCUACUGCUUCUAUGAAAUCACCGAGAUCGACGGCGUCAACACCAACGAACUCUACAACUCCGCCCAACUCUACCUCAGCUCCUCCGCCUCCAUCUCCGGCAACCGCCUCUCCCUCUCCCGCUCCACCAACUCCUCCGCCGUCACCUUCUCCCUCUCCAACAACGACCGCCUCCUCGACGUCUUUCGCGGCGUCUCUGUCGUUUGGGAACACGUCGUCACCCACCGCCAAUCCCACACCUUCUCCUGGCGCCCAUUGCCCGACGAGAAGCGUGGUUUCACUCUCCGUAUCCGGAAAAAGGACAAGAAUCUCAUCCUCCAAUCCUACCUCGAUCACAUCAUGGAAAAAGCUACCGAGAUUCGAAGGAACAAUCAGGAUCGAUUUCUCUACACCAAUUCGCGCGGCGGUUCUAUCGAUGCUAGAGGCCAUCCUUGGGAGUCCGUUCCUUUCAAGCAUCCUAGCACAUUCGAAACCCUAGCUAUGGAUCCUAUCAAGAAGCAAGCUCUCAUGGCGGAUCUUCGUGACUUCGCCGAUGGCCAAUCGUUUUACCAGAAGACCGGUCGAGCUUGGAAGCGAGGUUAUCUUCUCUACGGACCCCCUGGAACUGGAAAAUCCAGCAUGAUUGCAGCCAUGGCGAAUUUCCUGGGCUACGAUAUCUACGACAUGGAAUUAACCGAGGUUCAUCACAAUUCCGAGCUGAGAAAGCUCCUGAUGAAGACGAGUUCGAAAUCGAUUAUCGUUAUCGAAGACAUUGAUUGCUCCAUCAAUUUGACAAACAGGAAGAAAAAUGUGCGGAAUCAGAAUCAACAACAACAUAAUAACAACGACAAUUUCUUAGGCCCCGAAACGAGACAUUCGACUUCGGACGAUAGUAAUGGAAGCUCGAUCACGCUGUCCGGGUUGCUGAAUUUCACUGAUGGACUCUGGUCGUGUUGCGGGAGCGAGAAGAUAUUCGUUUUCACCACGAAUCAUAUCGAGAAGCUGGACCCGGCAUUGCUGAGGAGUGGGAGGAUGGAUAUGCAUAUAUUCAUGAGUUAUUGUUCAUUUCCCGCAUUGAUGAUUCUGUUGAAGAAUUAUUUGGGAUUUGAAGAAGAGGACUUGGAAGAGAUUGUUGUGAAGGAAUUGAAACAAGUCAUUGAUGAGGCUAAGAUGACUCCAGCUGAUAUUAGUGAGGUUUUGAUUAAGAAUAGGAGAAAUAAGGAAAAAGCUGUGGGGCAAUUGGUGGAGGCAUUGAAAGUGAGAGCAGAGAGUAAUAGAGCAGUAGCAGUAAAAUGUGGGGAUGUGGAUGUGGAUGUGGAAGAAGAGCAAGAGAAAAGGGCAUUGGAGAGUCCAAAACAAUUGCAACAAACUUGUGAGGAAGAUGACAAUGAGAAGCCAAAUUGAUACAGAAGUGGGUGUUUAAUUUAAUUUUGCUUUUUUUUUUGGUUGGGUGGGUUGAGAUGAUGAAAUUUUGUUGAUGGGUUUUGUGUGGGAAGAGGAGUGGACACUGGAUGGAGAGAAAGAAACUGUAUGACAAAAACAAUGCUUAUCCAAUUUAGUCAUGUUUGAUUAGCUAUUAAUGUUGGCUUAGCACACAAUAAUGAAAUCGAAUAAUAAUUUAUGUGUUUUAAUAA